AUGUAAAAAAUCGAUUAUGGUGUUGAAGUUCAUAUUAAUCAAACUCUCUAUGCAGGGAGAUGUUUAUUAUAAAUACUUAAAACACCAGUAGUCUCUUAUCAAUAUUAAUAACAAUAAGCUAAAUUCCUAUUAGCUAUUGAUCAAUAACAAUGGCCAUAAGCAUAAUUAUUACAUGGUACAAAUUGUCCAUGCUUCAAUUAAGAAUUUUAAAAUAAUGAAAUUAAGUAAAGCAAAAUAAGAUUGGCUACUGUGGCUAUGUUAUGUGAUAAAAAUGAUUAUUUUCUAAUCACAAGAAGGCAUUGUCAAAUGAAAACAUUUCCUAAAGCUUGGGUGUUUCCUGGUGGGAUGGUAGAAAAAUAGUAACAUCUAGAAUCUGAAUGUUUGAGAGAAGUUUUUGAAGAAACAGGUAUCAAUACUUAGUUAAUUGAAAAUUAAAUGGAACUCAAAGUUUUAUAUGAAUCAGUUUAUCCAACUAAAUUAUAAAUAGGUUAAUAUCCAUAAAAACAAACUCUCUGCAUUUUUUAUGAAAUUAAACUCAAUGAAUCAUAUAAAAACAUUUAAGUAAAAAUUUAAGAAACAGAAGUUGAUGAUUAUAAAUGGAUUCAAAAGAAUUAAUUAUUAGAAAUAAUGAAUGAAUCUUUACCAGAUGAAUAAUUUAAAGAAAUGAGUGGAAUCUAUCCAAAUCAAUAUGGUUCUGGAAUUGGAGAAGGACAUAUUAAAGCUUUUGUACACAGUUAUAAAAAAUGA